AUGUAUGAUCUUGAAUUAGCUUAUGAAACUGAUAAAACUGUUGCCCUAGGUGCUAUGACUCACAAAUGCAUACAUUGUCUUGCUUAUAAGUGGAAAGAAGAAGCUCCUGGCAUGUGUUGCGCCGGUGGUAAAGUGCAACUUCCAACAUUUAAACCCUUGCCAGAGCCUCUUCACAGCUUGAUUAUGGGUCUUCAUCCAGAGCAGGUGACGUCCUUUGGAGCUAAGAAAAUAAUGGAAGAUGGUUUUAUGCCCACGUUUAAAGUACAGGGACAGGUUUAUCAUUUGGUUGAUAGCUUAUUACCCUUGCCCCAACAAGAUCCUCAAUUUCUUCAAAUUUACUUCAUUGGUGAAGACGAGAGAGAGGCAAAUUUGAGAUGCAGCAAUUUCUCUGGUGUGAAACCAAAUCUGGUCAAACAACUGCAAGCGAUGUUGCACGAGAAAAAUUCAUAUAUAAGGGACCUGAAAACAACUCUUCAAAAAGUACCCGAAGAUUGUGAAAAAUUUGAAGUCGUUAUUCACGCUGAUAGAAAACCAGCCAAUGCUCACAUAGGCCGUUAUAAUGCACAGACAACGAGUGAAGUUGCUCUAGUCAUAGUCGGACAGCAGUUCGACAAGCGAGAUAUCGUUUUACAAAAUCACGAUAACAAAUUGCAUCGGAUCAGCGAGUUACACCGCUCAUAUGACGCCCUGCAAUACCCACUCCUAUUUUGUUAUGGUGAGGAUGGUUACUCUAUUGACAUACCGCAAUAUGAUCCUAAAACAAAAACAUCUCUUCAAAAAACCAUAUCGGCGCUAAAUUUUUAUUCAUAUCGCAUCAUGGUUAGAGAAGAAGACGAAAAUCGAUUGUUAUACUACCGUACUCUUUUUAGUCAAUAUUUAGUUGAUAUGUAUGCGAAAAUAGAAACGGAAAGAUUGAAUUAUAUCAGGUACAACCAAGCAUACCUCAGAGCAGAUAGUUAUGUACAUUUGAAAGAUGCGAUAGGAAGGCAGGACACCGAUAUUACUCAACUUGGUAAUAGGGUGGUACUCUCUUCACCGUUUACUGGAUCACCUCGAUAUAUGCAUGAAAGAACUCAAGAUGCAAUGACCUACGUACGCCAUUACGGUCGCCCUGACCUUUUCAUCACAUUUACAUGCAAUCCUCAAUGGAAAGAUAUUGCAGAUGCAUUGCUGCCUGGUCAAAAGCCACACGAUCGUCAUGACAUUAUAGCACAGAAGCGAGGUCUUCCACACAUCCACAUUUUGUUGUGGUUGGAGCAGCGAAUUUCUGCGGUUAAUAUAGAUAAUGUUAUCUGUGCGGAGAUACCGGAUCCUCAAAAGGAUCCUAUCCUUUAUAAAAUUAUCAAAACCAAUAUGAUCCAUGGGCCCUGCGGAAAUUUGAGGAAAUCCCCGUGUAUGAAAGGAGGUUGCUGUAGCAAAAAAUAUCCUCGAAUUCUCCUGAAAGAAACCCAAACAGGCGACGACGGCUAUGUUCGUCGCUCCGUUGGCAUCCCGGCUAGAUCUCACACAGGAUCGUCGUCAAUCAGGAAACCAAUCCCGAGGGUCCAUACGGGAUCUCCAGGCCUCAGAAACCGAAGUGUCCUCACCCCAGAAUGCGAUCCCCAGGCGAUGCUCCCCGUGUGGCGAACGAAAUUUUUGAGUGGUAAGUGGCGGUUAAAGUAG